GGGAGCUGCUCUUUGCUUUCCAAGGGAUUUGUGGCUUAAUUUUGACAAAAAAUGUUCUGAUGGAGGACUGUCUUGUUUUCCAAAUGAUCACAGAGGAUGGGAAUGUUACUCUGCGCCAGCAAGUGUUGCAUCUUGCAGUGUUGGGCACCCUUUACCAAAAACUGCAGGAAUUCAUUGAGUACAACAGUCUGGACGGAUCAUCCCUUUUCCUCAGCGCCUUAGCAGCUGCCCUUCGAGAACAGUUGUCCAGUUUCUUGUUACUGCUGUCCUAUCUUGAGCGCCAAAUCAAUGGGCUUUAUAGUCGGCCUAGUUUGAUCCAACUAAGGGUGGAGACCCUAGGAGCUAAACAACUUCUAACUUGGCUAGUGACUGCUUCAGAGGCUUGCAGAUUUCGGCUUGGCUGCAAUGUGUUGUCAACCCUAUACACUCUGUUGUGCAGUGGAAAUCCACAGGCUCACUGCAGCCUUGCUCCUAUCUUUUUGAGAGUGUCGGAAGUGUUCUACAAACUAAUGAAAGAGUGGUUUACUACGACCAAAGUGACGGACCCAUAUGAAGAGUUUUUCAUUGGGGUUGACAUUUCUAAGCCAUUCCUCAACCCUGAAUACUGCGUUGUUCGCGAACUGAUGGUACCCCAAUUCUUAACAACUGCUCAGGUUGAACGGAUUGCAAAAAUUGGAAAGAAUUAUGCUGUGCUGAAGGGAAUACUAGUGCACAAAAGACCCUUAGCAGAUAUGCACAUCGGACUUGAUGAAGUGAUCUCUGUCAUUACAAAAGAUGCCCAUAUUGGGUUGAAUGCUUGGGGUGUUGAUGGUGAAAUGCACAUUUUUCUGCUUGAGCUUGAAAAAGAAGUAUCAAAGGAGCUUGUUUUUGCUUUGCUAACCAAAGGCAAACUUUCUCUGCACCUUGAAAUCCUGACUGGUUUCUUCCUGCUGAGGCAAAAUGGAUUUGCAGCACAUCUUACUGACAAUAUUUUUGAUGUGCUGAGUGUUUCCGCUCCACUGGUGAGCAAGCAAAAUCUCACAGAAAAAUUCCGCAUGGCCAUCAACAACACUCAUAGCUUUGAGCAAGAAGAUAUUAAACUGGAGGAGAAACUAAACAUACACUUUGAUCCUCAACCAGAGCAUGAUUUGGCCUGGGACUCGUUUGAAAUCUCAUACGAAGUAGAAAAUGAUAAUCCAGUAACUUUGGUGUGGUCAUAAAUAUUUUAAUU